AGGACUUCCUAAAACUCGAAACUCAUCUCGAAGUAUGAUCAAUGACCCAAAAUAUUACUACAAAGUCUCUCCAAAGGCAAGAAGGAAGAGCCCAAAAAGGAAAAGAUCUGUUUCUAAAGAAGGAAAAAGACUUCGAAAGAAGAAAAGCUCAAAACAGAUUUCCUUUGACAACUACUAUAAUGACCCAAUGCAAAAUCCUGCUUAUGUUAAUAUAAUACGUAGAAAUCAUUACGAGGACAAUAUCUUGAUUGAAAAGAAUAUUCAGCUUGAAGCAAAACUUGAAGAAGAGAGUAACAAAAGGAAGAUUGCAGAAAGAGAGCGAGAUAAGCUCAUGUCUUCUCUCAAAGACAUGACUGUGCAGGCUAAAAAGUUAGAAACAACGCUUACUGAUUUUGAAAAGGAAAAUAUAGAUCUCUACCAGUUGCUCAAGGAGAAUAACAAAGAAAUUAACUUUGCUAAAGAGCAAGCAGAGAAUUACUACAAAGAAAUAAAUGAGCUUAAAGCUAGGGUCCAGCAGGAAGAGCAAAGGAAUUAUUCGUUACAAAAAGUCAUUGAUGACCAGAAAUUAAUCCUUGGACAACAAAGCAUGGAGAUGACCCAGCUUAAGAUCACUAACCAAGCUUAUGAUCUUUCUAAUAAGGAGAAUGUCAGAAAUAUGAAUUUUGCUCUUGAAAGAGUAGUCAAUAUGUCAAAUGAGAGGAAGAAAGUCUCAAAUGAGCUGGAUAAUAUUAUUCUAAGAAGAAAGAGUCGUAAAAGUCUUCAAGGUUCUCAUUCUUUUCAACAACUUUCAAGCUACAAGAACAGUUGAAAUAGUUCUCAGAGGGAUAUCAGCUCCAUACGUAAACAACAUUGCUGUCAGAACACUAAUGAAAAGUCUGCUUGAAGGAUGGAUAGGUCUUAUUCAGAUGCACAGAUUCUUAACAUGAACCAAUAAUCCAAUUCUUGAUGCUAAA